AAACAUUAUCGCUAAUGCGGAAAUAACUCCACACAUAUUGCGCAUGCAGUUUGUGCGGAAUCGUAUUUUCGUGAAUGACAGGGAAAUCCGUUUCAUGUUUUGGUGAAAUUCGUGAUCAUGGCUUGAACUGAAACGAAUGACAGCGACUGUUAUAUGUUUGUAACGUACAGUAGGUCGUGUUAAUUUUUGUUUUUUUGAUCUAAGUUGUGUGAAACUGCAGAAAAAAUGGACACUAUCGGCGGUGGAUUCAGCCGGACUUCUCGGCCCCGCGGUACGGUGCAGGGACUGUUCACUCCCGAGGACGAGUACGGGGACCUGUACCCGGAAGUUAGCUCCAUGAGAAAAGACUCGCCGCCGCUGCGAGAGAUUCUUUCGAAACGAGGUGCCUCCUUGUCGGAGUAUCUCAUCAGCGAUGCGGCCGCAGCCAAAGAUGAAGAAAAGGACCUCUUCUGGUUCCAUGGCCGUAUAACAAGGGACAUAGCCGUACAUAUUCUACGGGACAAUGGGUCGGGAGAAGGGACAUUCUUGGUGCGAGAGAGCACAAGUCGGAGCGGAGAUUAUGUUGUCUCGAUCAUGCACAAUGGAGCACCGCAACAUUUUCAGAUUCAGUGCAUGGGAGACUUUUAUUAUAAAAUAGACAACGGGCCCCUGUUUCAGGGACUGGACCAACUCAUAAACUAUUAUCGUCUGGGCUCUAAUGGGCUUCCGACGAAACUCACUGUAUUUUGCAAGGGGCUAACUCCACCUGCUUGCUCAAGACGAUUUGGUCGGACAACACCGCUCCACAGAGCUACGUGCGAACGAUGGGCGGAGGGCGUGGCUCUGAUACUGGAGGACAGCUUAUGCGGUACGCUCGAUGCAAGAAACGCAGACGGUCGUACGGCGCUUCACGAAGCUGCCGCUUUAGGAGAGGAAAACAUUAUAUUCAGAUUACUAGAGAAGGGAGCAAAUAUCAACAGUAAAGACAGCAAUGGGGUCACUCCACUCUAUACAGCCUGCAGUAGCAACCAGCCAAAGGCUUGUCAAUUCCUGAUGAUAAAGGGGGCUGACCCCACCCUCAGGCACCCGAGGACGGGAUGGGUUCCCCUCCACGAGGCGGCGAUGAAAGGUCAUGCAGGCUGCGUCAAGGAACUUAUCAUGAAUGGCGCCCCCUGUCAUCCACGCAGUGCAGAUAACGACACUCCUCUUGACUUGGCGAGGAGAUACGAGCACCAACAUGUCGUUAUGUACCUCAAGACUUGUAAACCUAAGAAUCCUAGGCUACAAGGCAAACCCUGGUUUCACGGAUCCAUGGACCGGAAAAAAGCCCUGGAAUCGAUUCAGAAACACGGUGCUAAAGAUGGCCAGUAUUUGCUCCGGAGCAGUGCUAAUAAACCUGACACCAUGGUGCUUUCAAUGGCUGCAAACGGCACUGUCUUUAACUUUGAGAUUAACACUAAAAUGGAGAGCUACUACAUCGACGACGGCCCUUACUUCGACACCCUAGAACAACUCAUCGAUCACUACUCGCGCUACGAUGAUGGUCUUCCAACACAACUCCUCUUCCCCAUUCCCCCUCCCCCGGGGCGUAUCGACAAUGGUCCCCCUACCAGGGAAAAGCCUAGUCCUGCUCCUAGACCAGUUGAUCUUACCUCUCACAAAGGAGUUCCAGUCAGGAGGGAUAGUCCUGAACCUCCUGUUAGUCCUCUGGACAGGGAGGGGUCAAUACCCAUGUCUCCCCCUCCCGAGUUGCCAACAGGGAGAAUGCCUAAGACAAACACCUUCUCCAAGUUGUUUGGUGGAAUCCGAGCUUCAGAGAAGAUCAAGAAGAAAGAGAUGGAUCGACAGAGAAAGGAACUCCAGAAAGCCAUUAAUGAAGCGCCUGGUGGAGGCUCUGACGAGGUUCAGUGUAUAGAUGCCAGUCACAUUGAAAGAGGCAACGAGAUCGGCCAGGGAGAGUUUGGCUCUGUCUUGGAAGGCAAGCUGAAGGAGGGUAACCGGUGGGUGAAGGUGGCUCUGAAGACCCUACAUGCAGAUCAUCUUCAGACCGGUCAGAAGGAGUUCUUGAGAGAAGCUAAGGUCAUGUGUGGUCUAGACCAUCCCUGUAUUGUCAAGCUCAUGGGAGUGUGUCUUGGUCCACCUAUGAUGUUGGUCCAGGAACUGGUCUCUCUUGGGGCUAUGUUGGACUUCCUCCAGAAUGAUUCCAUCACCGCCUCGGACCUGAAGCUCUGGGCCACCCAGAUAGCCUCGGGGAUGAUGUACCUGGAAGGAAAGAAGUUUGUUCAUAGAGACCUUGCUGCACGGAACAUACUGUUGGAAAAUAAAGGACAGGCAAAGAUCAGUGACUUUGGUCUGUCGAGAGCCACGGGAGCAAACAACGACUACUACAGAUCGACAACCGGUGGACGAUGGCCCGUCAAAUGGUAUGCACCAGAGUCUAUAUACUAUGGUACCUUCUCUCAUGCAUCUGAUGUUUGGAGUUUUGGUGUAACGUUAUGGGAGAUGAACUCAAGGGGAUCACAGCCCUAUGGAGAAAAAACUGGUGCUGAGGUCAUCAAACAAAUAGAGAAUGGCCAUCGUCUGUCAAGACCCGAUGGAUGUCCACAGAACGUCUAUCACAUCAUGCAGAAGUGCUGGUCCUAUAAACCUUGCAAUAGACCUACCUUCUCACAACUCAACGACAUGUUCCGGGACGAUCCUGAAUACGGUGCUUUCUACCACAGAGGGGCCCAUAAUCCACCCAGCAGGAGAUAAUAGUCUUGGUCUAGAUCCAGGUCUAGGUCAGGUAGUCCUGGUGUCUAGUCCCUAAUUUCGUGUAGCCAGAAGUGCAUUUUUACAGCCAAAGCAAUCAGUAAAAAACAAGAUGUAGUUUUUAUUCAUAGAAAUAUACGAUGGUCAUCAAGCAAAAUGUGACAGUCUAGGUCCAGUUCAGGUAGUCCUGGUCUAGUCUGUGUAGUUCUGUAUUUUGUAGCCAAAAGUGCAUUUUCACAGAAAAAAUUGAUCAGUAGUUGUUGCACAGACUUGCGUCUUAUCGCAGAAACAAUCGCUUUUCUGUCAGGAUUUGAUAGUUGCUGUGGUCCAGGAAAAAAAAAAACAUGCUUCUUAAUCUUAAUUUCUAGCCUCUCUACAGCCAAAUCAACUCGUAAUAUUGUCCAGAAAUAUUAUUAUUGCACACACUUUUUAUUAUAGAAAAUCUUUGAUGCAGUAAAUUUCCUGUAUCCGAAUCUCGGUUCUGAUCACAAACAUAGUCCUAGUCUAGUUUGAUUGGUCCCAAAUCAUUGUCAGAAGUGUUUUAUCUGCUCCAAAACAUGUUGGAAAUUAAAGAAUCUUAUAAAGAUAUGUUAAGGUGUAUCUUGUUUUUCAUUGUUUGUCUGAUUUGCAAAUUUUUGUAUAAUUUGCAUGUCAGGUAACACUAUUUUGGUAAUAUAUCACCAUAGCGAUGAAUUUAAGCAUUUUGACAAAUCAAUUCUCUAAGAUUUGGGUUCUGAAUUUUUACAUUAAUUCCUGUAAGAGGGAUCAAGUCCAUGUUUGGGGCCAAUUCAGUUUCAAAUCUUAGAUAAUCUCACCAUUCCUCUGGCAUCACUGCUGUUUUGUACAUUUAUGUCACAGAAGUUUGUAACACCAUGUGUGAACGGGCCCUUUAUGAUCUCUUUCAACAUUACCAAUAUACACUCAAACUCUAAGUAUUAUUUUAUUAGAUAUUCUGUGACCAGUGAAAGCUUUGCCAAUCUUUGAAGCAUAGCUUGGCUGUUAUUUGUCUGUAAAUACUUGAAUAUGAUAUAUAAGAUUUUGAUAAUGAUCUAUUUUCUCAACAAUGAUUGUGAUAUGUAUAUCUGGAUAUACACCGGCAGGUCUGGUUAUAUAUUUCUGUUUCAAAGAAAAUGUGAAAAAUAAGAAAAUGGAGUGAAAGGAUAUUGCAUGUCUGUGUAUUAAAACAAUACUAUAUUUUAUAGAAAAUAUUAAAGGAACAUGUGUUUUCUUUGAAAAAAAGAUGAUGUUAAAAAUAUAUAUGUAACAAUGUUUGCACUACUUUGAAAAGAUAUUCUGUAUGAUGCUCUUCAUUUUUUUAAUCGAUCACAAGUAAAUCUUUGAAAUACUUUGUAAUAGAAGUUUCUACAUUUAUAAGAUGCACUUGUAUGUACACGAACAUUUACAGAAUUGAAUAUCAUUCAUAUACAUUUGGCAUUCCAUAGUUGUUAGUAAUACAUUAGUGAUUGAUAGUCAAGUAUAAAGUAGGUCACUUGUGAAUAACAAAAUUUGUGGAUCAAAUCUCAUUUUGCUGUGGCAACCUUCUGAAAGCAUUACAUGUGCCACUCUCUACCCAGGGGAUACUGAUAUUGUUUCUCUGGAUAGGAUGUAAAUGCUGUUUGUGCAUGCAUAUGAAAUGUCAACCUUUUUUUAUACUCCCCUAGGAGUGGAGUAGUACAUCAAAAUCAUGUUCAAAUCAAUUUUCAAGGGAGGUGAUUGUGGGUAAAAUAUAAAUGCUGUUUCUGUAUGCACAUAGAUAAUGCCAUGUUUAAUACUCCCCAGGGAGUGGAGUUUGCGCACUGACACAGUCAGUUGUCAUGGAUGAUAAUUGUGAAGAGAAUAUGAAUGCUGUUUGGGCAUGCAAUAUAAAUGACACCCUGUUGAAAUAUUCCCCCUGGAGUGGAGUGUGUACACUUUCACGUUGAGCUCAAUUGUAUAGGGUGAUGAUAAUAAGUAAAAUAGAGAUGGAUCAUUCCCGAAGGAGAGGAGUGUGGGUACUGUCAUUUAAAGAUUAGCCAUCUGAUUUAUUGUCCUCAUUGAUGAAUUCUAUAAUGAUGAGGGCAAUGAUUGUUGAGAUAAUAAUCCCUUUAUUAAUAAGGCGCUUAAGACAUUCACUGUACAUGUGUGUAUGAAAUUGUGUACAGAGUAUUAAUACUCUGGUCAUCACAUUCAAUAAAAUCAUUUCCGCAUGUGAUGCAUGCACAUCCUCCACUCCCUAGGGAGUAUUCUAGCCAGAUAUUGGAAGAAAGGAAUAACCAAGAAAUACUGAGCCCUGAAAACAUGAGGAGCGGCACAGUAGAAGUGGGACUUUCAAAACCACUGCAGUCUGAGACAUUCAGGCGAUUUAAAAUUAUUAUUUAGUUACCAAUGUCAGGACAAUGGCUGUGAUGUUCCACUUGUAUGCUGUUAUUAUAAGGAAUAUGCAGAGAAAUAAUAUUUUUUAUAAUUAAAUCAUACUUUUGAUUGUUGUACAUGAAUAUACAAGCAUUCCCUUCUAAUAUUGUAUAAGUGGUACGAUUUCUGUCCAGUGCUAUUAAAACUGAUUAUACAUCACUAAAAAGAGAAAUUACUAGAUUUUAGAUUUAGUGGCUUUAUUAGAAGUUGAAAUAUUUCUGAAUGUUUUUUUAAUUUACAAAUGUCUCGUUAUUUCAUUUUAUUUCACUCAGAAAGAAUCCGAAAUUAAUUACCAGUAUAUUGACUACUAUAUAGUUUUAAGAGGAAAUAAUUAAGUUUUCUAAAAUGAAAUCAUAUUUCAUCAGUUUUGUCUGUUAAAGAGCAAAUGGCAUUCAAAUGCAUAAACGAAGAAAGGAAAGAAAAAUCUAACACAAUUUGUACCUGUAAAUGCAUAUUUGUGGUUGAAAUUCAAAUUGGUACUGAAAUCAAAGAUUGAAAAAAGGGGAAAAGAACAUCCCGAUUGCAUCAGAAGUUUGCUGUUACAAUCAUAUUCUGUUUGUAUAUGCUAGCACUCAGGAUGAUCAUUAACAGUAAUGUGUCUUGAUUGAGACACUGGCCCUCAUGUUAAUGAAAUCUUUUUUUUUUUUCUUUUUACUGACAUUGCAAAGGCACAGUCACAUCAUUCCAUGAAGGCCUUGCAUGUGGCUUGCAGGCGACUAUAAUAGCUACCCGUAGGUCACCUGCAUUGACAUUAUCUUGCACGUACUGUUGCCUGCAGAACUGCACGCUAGUCUAAUUCGCAUACAGAAAAGUUGUGAACACGCUCAAAAAAAAAUUGCGGGUGAGCUGCGGCAAUUGCUUGCAACUUGCCCGCAAGGCUUGUACAAUUCAGAUACUCCUCAUAUUUCUACCUGAAAUAAAAAUUACCAGUAAAAGCUGCUUUCAAGCUUAGGUGUUUAUGUUUGUUUUGUUCCAUCUUUCAUGUCCUGUUGUAGUUUACAUUGUGAUAUAGUCGUGGCUUUAGUUUCAAGCUGACUAUAGAAUCUGCUUUUAUUUGGCACUUAAUACAUCCAGGUUGGCAAUUUCACAAAGGUAUUCUACAGAUAUUCAUUUACACCCCGUUGACCCGAUAAAAGCUCUCAAGUAAAGUGGCUUAUUCUGGUUGUGCCAAUCAAGCAUACAAUCAAUCGCUAUCAUUUGUGAAACCACACCCAGAUUAAAAGUCCUAUUUAUUCCCACAUUGCAGAUAAUUAGACCGUUGUGCUUUUGGUAGGUUUCGGUAGAAUAUUAUAUAUUUUUUUUCAUAUUGUAUGUUUACAUGUAGUUUAUUAUUAUCAAACACAACUUUUAUCUAUGAUUGUAAGUUAUGCAUCAAUGAAAAUAAAAUGAAAUUUUUCAGAUA